GCGAUACAAUAGAAAUUUCACCUGCAUCAGUCCUUAAAUGGAAAUCGUCUGCCUUCCGUGUUCUAUCUUCAUAGGAGUGGAGGAAACAACGUCGCACAUUGUUUACGUUUACUUCUUUGCUCCAGUCGUCGGAUCUUGACGCUCACCUGCUGCCUUACACCAUUCCAAAUCGGUUGCCUGCUGUCUGGAUGCCUCGAUUCUACGAUGAAACUCUUCAUUGCCCCUCCCUCUUCGCAAAACCGCCAGGUGCUCACACUAGCCGCGGGCAUCGGCAUUGUGUUCCUCCUCUACCAAGCCUGGGGUCUUCACGACCGUCAAUUAUCCCUCUAUCCCAUCGAUUCGCCAGCACCAGCCCGAAUAGGAUUCGACGCAAUCCCAAAAAAGAUAUGGUACAAGCUUGGGGCAAGGGGACUCAGCGCGGAUGCGGUGGCGUGGACUGGCAGCUGCAUGAGACAUAAUCCCGCAUAUGCGGUCGAAUUCAUGACGGACCUGUCCGCGGAUGCGUGGGUUGCAAAGACAUUCGCGCAUCGCCCUGACCUUGUUGAGGCCUUUCUCGCACUCAACGUACAAAUUAUCAAGGCCGACUGGCUUCGCUACCUCCUGCUCUAUGCCGAGGGAGGAAUGUGGUCGGAUCUCGAUGUCUCGUGCAACUCCCCUAUCGAAAGUUGGAUUCCUCCACAGUACAGAGAAAACAUCUCAAUGGUCGUUGGCUGGGAGUUCGACACACCUUGGGAAGGCAUAGGAGAGGCCAAACAUGAGCUUGCCACUUGGACGGUCCUCGCAAAACCUGGCUCGCCUCACAUGCUGACUGCGAUCGAUGGCCUGUUGAAAGGAGUGCAGGGUGUUGCAAGAGAUAACGGUGUCGACAUAGCCGGGAUCACAGCCACACCGCCUAUGAUGGGAGACAUCGUCACCUUCUGUGGGCCCAGGAGGAUGACGAGGAGCAUCUUCCAGAGCCUGCGGCGGGAGAUGAACAUGUCUGAUGACGACUUUCGAGCUGUAGAGGAAGGUUCAUGGUUUCUUCUCGAGCCCAAGCUUGUGGGUGACGUUCUGAUCUUACCAGGCUACGCAUUCUCUCGGCCGAUGAAUUUCUACGAUGAGGCGUUCACCGACUCCUUGCCUCCUACACUGGUCGAUCACCAUUACGCAGGGACUUGGAAAAACGAACAAGGUGGUGAACCCCCUUUUUAAUCGCGGGUGGCUGGAUCAAUGCUUGUUUUUUGGUUCAAAACUGGCUGCCUUUACAUGAGCAGAGCGAUAACAUAUUACAUUGCAUGCCAAGGAGUUUGGUUAUGAUAAGGUGUUGUCUAGACAUUAUAUACCACUGUAUGCGGGCGCAUUGUAUGUCUUCGGACAUAUGUAGAGUAGAAGCGAAACUAGAGAGACAUUAUAAAUCUAUUGUACAUACUAGCA